AAAAUAUAUAAUGCGGUCUACUCCUCGGUUCAGGUCUACGAAUGCAUGGUACGAGGAAUCGCAGUCAUGCGCAGAAGAAACGAUUCAUACGUCAAUGCGACUCAAAUUCUUAAAGUCGCCGGAGUCGACAAGGGGCGUCGUACGAAGAUACUGGAGAAGGAGAUACUGCCUGGGAAACACGAAAUUGUGCAGGGCGGGUAUGGAAAAUACCAAGGAACAUGGAUACCACUUGACCGGGGUCGUGAUAUUGCAUUGCAAUAUGGUGUAGCACCCUUACUGUCGCCUUUAUUCGAUUUCACGCCAAGUACAAACUCGCUCGGCACGAUGCCUAUUAUACAACCCACAGGGACAGCUUCCCCCCGCCCUCUGUCCGCUUCAUCGUCUUUUUCUAGCAUCGGAACGAGUGGAAAUUACGUACCAGCUGCACUACCGUCCACCUUGGCUCCGCCGCCCAUCAUGCCGGGUUCCGCACUUCGUCUGCUAAACCAGGGAAGGGCACAAGGUUUAUUUACUCCAUCAACGUCGAUCCAUGCGCCGGGCCGCCCUUCAGAUCGUACACCACUUGAUAGUUCACGUCCGCCGUCAACUGGUCCCCAACCGACUGGCGAAGAUAACCCUUCGCCUGCCAAGCGAGCUCGAACAGAACGCCCUCCACAUGAAGUUUCUCAACAGUCUUCGUGGCAACCACGGAAUCAAGGUCAACCUUUCAGUUAUCAAGGAACGUCUCGUCCAUCAACUGCCAUAAUAGCUGCAAUCUGCCAACGCGAUGAUCCAAUGCCUGUUUUGGACCUUAUUCGCGAAAUAUCUACGGAACCCAUCCAUAAACAGCCUUCUCCCCCGCCUCUCGAAGUGGACGUAAUUCUCGACGAUCAAGGACACAGCGCCCUUCAUUUGGCUGCCAGUCUUGGUCGCCAACAGAUUGUCGAUGCUUUGAUAGUCAAUGGCGCUGAUAUCCACAGAGGCAAUCACCUCGGCGAGACCCCCCUCGUCCGUGCUUGCCUUGCGACACAUAGCGCCGAUCAGCAAACUUUCCACACCCUUGUGAUUGCUCUCCAUGCUUCAAUCCGCACUCUCGAUACCUCACGCAAGUCAGUAAUUCAUCACAUUGUUUCGCUUGCAGGUGUCAAAGGUCGCGCAGUUGCUGCACGCUAUUAUCUUGAUCAAAUCUUUUAUUGGGUCGCCCAACAUCAGGGUGGAGAUUUCCGGACACUGGUGGAUCUUCAGGAUGAACACGGAGAUACUGCGCUCAACAUUGCCGCUCGAGUGGGAAACCGAAGUUUAGUGCGAACCUUGCUGGAUGUCGGCGCCAAUCGGGUUCUGCCUAAUAAAUUGGGCCUCCGCCCUGGUGACUUUGGUGUCGAAACUGAGGUUUGUUUGAGCCUACGACCAGAAGAUAUUCUGUCAAAUUUGCGCUCUGGACCACCUGAACCUGUCCAAAAGAGCAAAGACGUUAUAGCUGACAUGACUGCGAUGAUUCAGGCUCUAAGUACUGAAUUCCAGGGAGAGAUCAAAUCUAAACAAGAUGCGUUGGACGUCACCCAGGCUCACCUACGAGCUGCCACUCGAGAACUCUCUGAGAAACGCAAACAGAUACAGGCAUGGCAAGCUCGUUGUGGGGAACUUGACCAGAUAAACCAGAGAGUACGAAAUGUCGAAAAGGCCCUUGCAGAAGAAGACCAGUUCGAUUGGACCGGCCGAACGGAUCUCAAUGGUAACGACGCACGUGAAUCAGCUGGCCCCGCCUUUGGGUGGCGUGGUGCUAAUUCCACCAUGGUUGGCAUUGGCGGUUCUGUCGACGUCUCCUUCGCCGUCGAUUCUGAACCAGCGUUGCCCACUACGGACACAGUAGCAAGCCUAAUAAAGCUGAGAAGACUCAAGCUUUGGCACACACGAAUAGAGGACCUUGUCAAAGCAAGAUUAAAGGGUCUUCAAGGGGCAAGUGCUGAGAAGGAAUACCAAUGCAAGAAGAUUGUCGCACUUUGUACUGGCAUCCCGAUUGACAAAGUUGAGGAGAUGCUUGAAAAUUUAGUAGUUGCAGUAGAGAGUGAGGCCCAGAUCGUUGACAUAGGUCGCGUUUCUGGGUUUAUGCAGAAGGUG